AUGGAGGCUGAGAAGGAGAGUAAUUCUGUAACGGAACAGGUGAAUACCGCUGCGGAUAAUAAAAACAUUGCAGAAAAUACAGACGGAGCCCCCGUCAUUAGUACACAUGAAGAUGACAAUGCUCUUGUUGUUGAGGAGCUCAUUGCUUCAGGGGUAGUUAGUGAUGCAAAAUACUCAGAAAAGCAAAGUGAGCCUGAAUACUUGCCUGUCCAAAGCAGCAGCCUGUUACAGGAUGAUAUAGAUCUGUUGUCACAGAGAACUGAUGACUUAUCAGAGAUUCUGAAAGUGAAUGUCCAGGGGUGGAUCUACCGGGGUGGCAAAUGCCACUAUCUUGCGUCAAAGCGGUACAUCCACCGAGACUUGGCCACACGGAACAUUCUAGUGGAGAGUGAAUUUCGGGUGAAGAUCGGAGACUUCGGUUUGACGAAGGUUCUUCCUCAGGAUAAAGAAUAUUAUACCGUUCGUGAACCGGGGGAAAGCCCCAUAUUCUGGUACGCUCCAGAGUCUCUGACAGAGAGUAAAUUCAGCAUCUCUUCAGAUGUCUGGAGUUUUGGAGUUGUUCUGUACGAACUUUUUACAUACAGCGACAAAAACUGCAGCCCUCCAACUGUGUUUAUGGAUCAGAUGGGGGAGGAUAAACAGGGUCAGAUGAUUGUUUACCACUUGAUCGAUCUGCUCAAACGAAACUAUCGUCUGCCACCUCCAGACGAGUGUCCUGCUGAGAUUCACGCGCUGAUGUCAGAAUGUUGGGCGACCGAGCCGAGCGAGCGACCCACGUUCAAAACCCUCGCUCAGAGAAUCGAGACGAUCCAGGACCGCAGCGACGUAUGACGUGAGCAUCAACACGCCGGCAGAUCAGACGCACCACCACUCAAAAGGUCACUGUGUCACCUGACGUUUAAAACGGGACGUUUGGACGUUUAAAACGGGAACAUUUAAAAACCAGGAACAUUUGAAGGCUUUUCUUUGUUUCUUCUUGAAUAUUCUGGCAUGUCGUGUUCUCCACUACAGGAUCUGACGCACCUUUCCUCAAGAUCCUCAUAUAGGAGGAAGAUCCUCUCUGUUCUGCUCUCAGUUCAGUUUUGUGCUGGUAAACAGCCUCUGGUGCUCAUGUGGACUGUCUGUUUUUAGAUUUGUACGUCUCAUUUUUCAUCCUCAGUGUGACGAUCUGAUCGGACUGUACAAACUCAUUUUCUUUUGCAGACUUAUAAAGUAACUAAAAGCAGAUGAUAAAAUGAUAAACUUGUUACAACAUUUCAGGUCAUGAAGAUCCUCUUGCGCACAGGUCAGACUCGAAUCUUCUUGUUUUUUGUGGUGUUGUGGUGCGACAGCUGCACACCCCAUGACUGGAGGGCCAUUUUUGUUGUUGUGUCUGCGACCGAUCUAGUUCUUCUUUUUGCAGACUUUAAACUUUAAACAAGGGCGAUGAGCUUCUGCCUUGUAGUGUGCACUGGGGUUCAAAUAUACACUGUCCAUUAUACACUUUCCAGUGGCUUUGUUGCUUAGCAACCGUUUCUUACAUUUCCUACAUUAACUUUAAACUUUCCUUGGAUGUUAAAUGAAAGACUGCAUCAGUUUAAUUCAACUUCCUGUUUGUUUAUUUUUGUUUAAUAGAGGUUUAGCUCUAUUUAGUGUUGCUGAUUGUUUUUCUAUUAAA